AUGGACGUUUGAGAUAGAAAUAGAUAUUGGAAGUAUCAUAGGACUUAGAAUGAGGCUUUAAGGGUUGAGUAGUGCAUUGGGAUGAUGGCCAGAUUCGAUUGGAGUUGGAUGAUACUUAGAAAGAGGAUUAUGCAUGUAGAAGAGGACCUUAGUGUUGUCACAAUAAAGAUUUCGACUUAAGAUUAAAACAAAAAUUGAUAUGCGUCCAUUGCAACCCUUGGACAGCUUUGUAGCCGUCUCUUGUGGUUCCUAGGGAAAAUAUUUCCAUUACAUAACUGUUUUGACCGUUUGUAAACUAAUUGGAAACUGGUAUUUAAUUGAAGACAUUGUGAGAAAAUAUUUUUAAAUCAAUGGAAAAUGUUGAAUUUGACUUGUGAAAGAGACAGAAUAGAGGAGUAGACUAAAGUAUGUUUCCUCUUGGAGUACACAGUGAAUGACUAAGACAUGGGACAAGUAGCAGUCUGUCUGUUUCAAGAGUUGCUGGGCUCCACCAAGAGACUCAACAUCAACUACCAAGACUCAGACGGCUUCUCAGCGCUGCACCAUGCCGCACUGACGGGCACCACGGAGCUCCUGUCUCUGCUGCUGGAGGCCCAGGCCACGGUGGAUAUCAAGGACAUCAACGGCAUGCGUCCCCUGCACUACGCAGCAUGGCAGGGUAAAGCGGACUCUGUCUUACUGUUGCUGAGAGCUGGAGCUUCAGUCAACUCCCCUUCCCAUGAUGGACAGAUACCGUUACAUCUCUCUGCUCAGUAUGGACACUAUGAGGUGUCUGAGAUGUUGCUGCAGCACCAGUCUAAUCCCUGUCUGAUGAACAAGGCGAAGAAGACUCCUCUAGAUCUGGCCUGCGAGUUCGGCAGACUGAAGGUGGCUCAGUUGCUGUUGAGCAGUAACAUGGUGGCAGUGCUGUUAGAAGGGGAGGGAGGGCAGGACAGCCUCGACUCACCAUCUACCACUCCCCUCCACCUGGCAGCCAGGAAUGGACACAAAGACAUCAUCAAGUUGCUGCUCAAAGCCGGCAUUGACAUCAACAGAGCCACCAAAGCAGGGACGUCUCUGCACGAGGCUGCCCUCUAUGGCAAAACUGAAGUCGUGAGGCUGCUGCUUGAUGCGGGCAUCAAUGUGAACAUGCGCAACACGUACAACCAGACAGCUUUGGACAUCGUCAACCAGUUCACCACCUCCACAGCCAGCCGGGAAAUCAAACAGCUGCUGAGAGAGGCAUCAAGCUCUCUUCAGGUCAGAGCAGUGAAGGACUAUUGGAACCUCCACGACCCCACAGCUCUUAAUCUCCGGGCUGGAGAACUUGUUAUGGUCCUGGAGCAGCACUCAGACGGCCGCUGGAAAGGUCACAUCCAUGACACCCAGCGGGGGACGGACCGGGUGGGCUUCUUCCCCCCUUCAGUGGUGGAGGUCCUCAGCAGACGAGCAGGGGGCACCCUCUCCCGCCAAGCCUCAAUGCCUUGCAAACGACAACACUUUGCAUCCAGAGCUCCUCCCUCAAGCCACGGCCCCGGCCCUCAGAAUGACGACUCAUAUACCCUUGGCUAUGAUCCCACAGGUGCUCCACCUGACAGUCAGCUCUCAGCCCCAGCUAGUCCUGCUAGCCCCACUCAGGACAUUUGGGUCCUCAGGAGCUCUCCCACUGGUGACAGGAACAGUGUUGGCAGUGCUGGCAGUGUGGGCAGCAGCCGCAGCGCUGGUAGCGGCCAGAGCUCAGAGAGUAGCCACAAACAGAAUGGGACUCGCCACAAUACUGAAACUGGCAAGCUGGGUCCCUCUGCUGGUGAAUCAGGAGACCAUCUCCACAUUGCAGCAGCAGACCACAGCAAACAGGCAGACGGAACCACAGGUGGUUCCCGUCGGCAGGUCAACGGCACUCCUCAGAAAGGCUUCAUGAGACCAGAACAUCUUAUGGAGGGCAAGGCACUUCUUGAGACCAUCUAUACCAGUGGUCUGUUGUGUGAGUUACCAGUUGGGCAGUACAACAUUCCAACUUUAUCCAAACUGCAGGGGUAUUGUAUGUACCCACCCAUCAGGCAGGAUGACCUGAUCUCCUCUCUUGCUGUUGAUUCACUGGCUGCUUACAUGUGUUUUACUCAUCAGGACCUGACAGCCAUCGGAGUGACCAAACCAGGCCACCGAAAGAAGAUCUCAAUGGAGAUUAGCAAGCUGAGCAUCCCAGAGUGGCUGCCUGAUUACAUUCCUUCGGACCUUGGGGAGUGGUUGAGUGUGAUUGGACUGCCUCAGUACCAGAAGAGAUUGUGUGACAAUGGCUACGACUCCAUCACUAUUGUCAAAGACAUCACCUGGGAGGACCUGCAGGAGAUAGGCAUCACCAAACUGGGCCAUCAGAAGAAGCUCAUGUUAGCAGUGAAAAGACUUUGUGACCUGCAGCGCUCUCGUAACCAUGCCGACAGAGCUGGAGGCGGGACUCUCCGACGGAAGCCCCCUGCCGCCCUGGAGCUCGUGGCCAUCGAACACACGCCAACACACAACGUGCAUGCUCACACUCGCUCUGACAUUCCUUCUGACGACUGCUGCCCCUCCCCACGCACCCCAAGGACCCUCCUCUCCUUCCAGGACAGCGAGUUGAGCGCUGAGCUGCAGAGCGCCAUGAUGGGCAGGGCGGGAGGAGCUGCCGAGGCGCUUGGCAUCAGGGGCGUAACACCUGUGACAGCCAUGUCAGUCAGUCAGGAGAGCAUUAGCGUGAGAUCGCGGGGAUCAGGGAACUCUGGGAAUUCUGGAAAUUCAAAUUCGGGAUAUUCUCACGACCACCAAGCCGCGCCGUCUUCGACCAGGACUUCCAGCCGGUCAGAGGAGAGUCUGGGGAGUGGUGUGGCGGAGGAGGCCAAGCGUGGAGGAAGCAGUCCUGGAGGCAGAGGUAGACAGAGACCCACAGAGAUGUGGGAGCCGCAGAGUCGGUCUGCUACCCCCAACAAACUCCCCUUCUCCCCCCUAACACCUCCGCUAACCCCCAGCAAGAUGCCUCGCUUUGCUUACCCAGCUGUCCCACCCAAGGCCAAACACAUGCAGCAGUCCCCUAACCGCCUGUAUCAGCCUCAGCACCACCCGCCCUCCUCCCCUUCCUCUCCAUCCCCACAGCCUUCCCCCACACAGAAGGCCUUCAGUUACCUCAGCGCCCAGGCAGGAGGGGUCAACGGGGCUCCAUGGGGGCUCUCCAAGCCUCUGCCUGGUGCGGUCCCUCUGCUGGGACCCCGGCCUGGACAGGGCCCAGCUGUCGAAGCCCAAAAGGGCCUGCACAAGAAGCGUGCCCAAAGCCUGACUCGCUACGCUCUGUCCGACGGCGAACCGGAUGAAGACGAUGACCUCACUCCCCCCAGCACCUCUUCUUCCUCCAUGGCCAUGCCCUCCUACGCCACCCUGUCGCGCAGGCCGGGACGCGGGCACACAAGCGCCACAGGGGCCCAACGCCACAUCAACCGCAGCCACUCGUUUGCUGUGCGAUCCCGACGCAAGGGCCCGCCCCCACCACCUCCCAAGAGGAUGAGCUCGGUGAGUGGCAGCCCAGUACGCCAGCCGGGAAACGGAAAAGUGGUGGAGCCAGAAGUGAAGGGAGGGGUGGAGACGGAGAGCACGGGCAGUGUGAGGAGCAUCACAGCCAGACUAGAGGGAGGCAGCAGCAGCAGUCCAUCCAGGAGGAUCGAUAUACCACCAACUCACGUCCAUGUUUCACCUGUUUUCAGCCCCAUUUCCUCCCCGAUUCCACAUGGGAUGACUCCUCACGUCAUCAUACAGCACUCCAAACCCGUCCCUGCUCUGGGCCUGGCGGGCUUGAGGAGGACAGGAAGCGAGAGGACAGAAGUGGACACUGACAGACAGAGAGGUGGAGGCGCAGAAGGAACUCUCGAAGAGAAAGCAAGAAGAACAUCAAAGAGCGUUACUGCAUCUCCAAAGCACAGCGCCGACCACCUCCCUUUCGCUGAGGAGGGCAACCUCACUAUCAAACAGCGGCCCAGGAUCGCAGUUGUCCCCCGAACGGACACUGAAGUCAAGGCUCCUCCAGAGGGUCCAGUCCAGACCCCAAACAGCCUGGAGCUCCCGGAGUUCAACCUGAAAGAGUCUGACACGGUGAAAAGACGGCACAAACCCAAAGAGUCGUCGACACCUGAGGAGGCUACCACCCCCAACAGAGACGACAGCCCACAAACCAACAGCCUCCACACACGUAAUGAGGGCAGUACGCUGAGCGACGAUGAAUCUCAGCGGCCGGGGAAUGUGUUCCAGAGAGUGGGCUCCAUGGGAAAAGGCCCGAAGCCUCCGGUGUCCUCGAAACCCUGCAGUCCUCUCAAACAACCCCCUCACAGCAAACCGACAACCCCCCAGAAAACAAUGUCUUCAGGUCAAGCCGGUGCACAAACAGCCAUUCCCAAACUAACCAGCGUACAGAUUCACACAGUCUCCCCGAAGCUUGGUGGCAGCAUACACACACAGACAUGUAUACCCAGCCCCAAACCUGUCAAACACCCACAGACGUCCAAGCCAGAGAGUCCACAGAAAACUGCUGGUUUGUCUGUAUCAAGACUCCCUCAGCCCGGCACGGCCUCGGCAUCAACGGCAGGACCCAACCUCACCGUGGUCCAGAGUGUCGCGUUUGCUGCUCCAUCCUCUCCGGCUCCUUACCCUUCGCCCCCCACCUCGGCACCACUGUGUCAGGCAGGGAAAGCGGGGACCCCCCUGGUUGGCGUAGCCGGUCUGGAGGUGUUGGCUCAGAAGAGGCUGGAGCAAACCAGUACGUCACUGGAGGCUGCUCUCAAAGUGGUGGAGAACAAACUGGCGCAGGGCAGCAGCGUGGACGGUGGCAGCAGCACAGUGAAGGCAGCAGGAAACAUUCUGGAUGACAUCGGCAACAUGUUUGAUGACCUUGCUGACCAGCUGGACGCUAUGUUGGAGUGACAUCCUGAAACUCACAUGGACAGAGUUCCUCUCUUAAGACAGAGCGACAGACAAAAACAAAUGGAGAGAAGCCAGCGAACAGGAGAGAUGAACCUUUGAUGUCGGUAAGAACAGAGACAGCGGAGGCCUCCACCUCCUCUGGACUCUGGAUGACUCAGUAAGUGCACAUUUGAGGAUUUCCUGCACAACUUUUCCUCAAUAUUGCCCAGUUUAUCAACGCGAGCACUUCGCCUUAGGACACACACCUGGGAAUGUUAUUGGAGCAACAACAAACAGCAGCUGCCAGAUGUCUCUGUGUGUGUUCAGCAUAUUAUCACUAAAGGGAAUGAGGGUCCAUUUUGUUCAUGUUACCUGUAAAUGUAUAGACAAGUCUAUGGUGGCACUGUGUACGUGUGUAGUCAGAUAUCUUUAUACUGAGUAUAUUUAUACUUCUAUGUUUGUUUUUUAACAAAUGGAGUUCUUAUUGACUGGUGGAAUCAUUCUAGUGUAUAUUAGCAUUACUGUUAUAUAUUUUGCUGCUUAUUGUCUAUAACGAGGGGAAAAUAUUGUUUAUUGUAUUAAAAGCAGCAUAUUCCAUAUGUACUGUAUGUACUAGAUCUGAUUUUACAUGUUUUUACCAAAGUCUUUUAUCCUCUUCAGGAGGCACAUUAAGGGGUAACAUCCUUUCUUUAAAGCAUUAUUGAGCUCAGACCACCUCCCACUCACAGUUUGGAGGGUUUUACAGCUCGCCUCAGGGUGCUAUGAAGUGAAUUUAAUGUAAGGGUGCCGUUUCCAAAGAAUGGGAGAUGCUUUUGAACAUUUCAACCGUGGUCUAUUACAAAGCAUUUCAAGUAGGGUCGUUCUGAAAGAGCCUAGUUCAUUAUUUUAAAGUGACUGAACACUGGAAGAGAUUAGUCUGUAUAGAGGAGUCUGGAGACUGCCACUGGAACAAGAUGUUUGUUUAAUAAGAAUCAAUUAAUAGAUUAACAUUUUUAAAAUGCUUUUGUAAAUCUAUGAAUUAAAAUAACAUUUAAACAACACAUUAUAAAAGUCAAAGUAAAACCCAAGCUCGGUUCGCAGUGUGUGUGCGCAGUGUGUGUGUGCAGUGUGUGUGUGCGCUGUGAAUCCCUGCGUAGUGUGCAUGCUGAAGCCCUCAGUUUAAACAUUUCCAUUCUGUUAUUGCUUGCGAAGACGUGUGAGCAGUGUGUCCCCUAAAAGGAGCUCUGAUUGGCUACACUUCGGCCAACAUAUACCAGCUGGCCAGUCAGAGAUCCAGCUGUUGGUUGGACUCGCUGCUUACAUGUCUGUAAUUAAAAGAGUCGUCUUUAAACUGAUGCAAUAAUUAAAUUAAAAUUGUAACUGUCAUUUUUUAUAUAAUAUUAUUGGUAAUUUAGAGACAGAAUUAGAGAAAAUAGAAUUAUUGUCUUUUUAUUCUAUAAGUUUUACAAAACAUCAGUUAAGUUAUUGCGGCACACUCCAGACUCCGUAGAGCAACAGGGACCUCCCGCUAAUUUUGGGGUUAACUCUGGCUUUGUCCCUUUUUUUACGUAAUUGAAUAAUAACUUUUUACUGUUGUAAUGAAUUACUUUGAAUGAAUUGGCCAACAGUUUCAUUCUGUCUCAUUGAAUAUGUGAUAAAACCCAGCGUCUUCCACGUGCACAAGUUGGAUCAAUAAACCCAGAGUGAACAGGAGAGUUGUUCAGGAUCGUCAGUGUUACAGCCGGUUUCUGUUUCAAAGGGACUGUAAGUUGAGUUUGGAUUUACGGAACUGUUGUUUUCUUAUUGUCCCUUAACUUGUCCCCAAAACUCUGAAUUUGUUACAUUUUACUUCUUCACUUUCAUUUCUGUUCUUCUUUACACACCUUAUAGAGUAUUCACUGCACAAAAAGAUGCUUUUAUUCUUACUCUGACUCUGUCAUUGACCCAUGCCAAACACUUGCUGUGUGGUUGAAUGUUUGUGAGCCAUAUUCUUGUUUUUGAGGCCAGUAAAGAAAAGCCAUCUUUCAACCAACAUCUGUCCUCACAAAUGCACUCUGAUUUUCUUUUAAACAGCACUCAAAGUUCUUCCCAAAGUUUUGCAGGGAGGAGAUUUGGGUGCACUGUUACAAAAUCAGGGUGUUAGCAUGUUUUUAAGAUUUAGAUGUGUACGGCAUUUUGACAUAAAAACAAAGUUUUAGCACUAUUGGUUCCUCUGUUCUAUUCUGAUGGUUGCCUGUUACUUUUUAAUAAUGUUUCAACUGAAUUCUGUAUCAUCCUGAAAAUCAUUAAAAGGAGAAUUUGUACUGAGGAAAGCAAAGGUGGGUUUUUAAUGUGGUCAAAUGGAAAGACAUGAUUGAGUGCAAGUUUUGGCCUGCCUGGCUU